AAGGCGGCGGUAUACUAUGCAGUCCGGUGGUUCUGGGAUGUCAUGUCUCCGUCAGAACGUGACGCUGAAACAAAGAGAACAGAGGUGUUGAAAAAACUGGGACAUAAGGGCCUCAAGCUAGACGAAUACGAAAAAACGAUCUCCAAAGAAGUUGUCCAUCCCGACAACAUCCACGUGCAUUUCACAGAUAUCGGUGGUUUGGACCCCAUCAUCACAUCCCUUCGCGAGUCUAUCAUAUAUCCCCUCCUCUACCCCGCCCUCUUCUCCUCCACCUCCUCCCUCCUCGGCGCUCCGAAAGGCGUCUUGCUCUACGGUCCCCCAGGCUGCGGCAAAACCAUGCUCGCACGUGCCCUCGCCAAAGAAUCAGGUGCCACCUUCAUCAACAUCCCCGCCUCCGUCCUCACCAACAAAUGGUUCGGCGAAUCCAACAAGCUCGUCGCCGGCCUCUUCAGCCUCGCGCGCAAGACGCAGCCCAGCAUCAUCUUCAUCGACGAGAUCGAUUCCUUUCUGAGGGAGAGAAGCAAGGACGACCAUGAGGUGACGGGGAUGAUGAAGGCGGAGUUUAUGACCUCGUGGGACGGUUUAUUGUCUGGGUCUGAUCAGAUCAUGGUUCUUGGUGCUACUAACCGGCCGAACGAUAUUGACCCUGCCAUUUUACGGCGGAUGCCCAAACGGUUUGCAGUUGGACUCCCAAAUGCGGACCAACGAUUCAAGAUCUUAUCAUUAAUGCUCAAAGACACCAAACUCGAAUCCAACUUUUCCAUCCGUCUCAUCGCCAACCAGACGGUAGGCUAUUCCGGAUCUGACCUUCGAGAACUGUGCCGGAACGCCGCGAUGAUGCCCGUAAGGGAAUGCAUGAGGAGCAUGGCUGAUGAUCCAGAGGCGAUGGCAAAAGCCCAGAUAGAGGGCUUCAACAUGCGUCCGCUCGCCUUAUCUGAUUUCUACGAGGCCGAGGGGUCAACGCUGUCCCCGCCAGAUCCGGAGGACGAGCCCGUCCAGCCGCCGCCGCCGAAGGUCGUGCGGGAAACUCGGACACGGAUAGACGAGCAGGAGAGUGGAGAUGAGUAUCAGUCUGGACGGGAGUCGUGA